AGCAUCCGGUCAUUGGUGCUCCGUCAAAACAAGUCCUUCCUUCCUGUGCCCGUCCAUGCAGUGAACAGCUGAUGUGCUGCUUCUCACUGACCGUUUAACAUUUUAUCCUCGUCCUCCCACGAACAUAGCUCAACAUGACUAAAGAGGAAGCCCCGGGGGCCACGGAGGAGGAGCAGCAGGCUCAGUCAAAGAAAGGCCUGAAGAAACAGCAGAAGGAAGCAGAGAAAGCUGCAAAAAAGGCUGAGAAACAGGCCAAACUGGCCGGCGACCAGCAGAGCACGGAGGAAGACGACUUUGCCAAGGACCGGUAUGGCGUGUCUGCUAUGGUCCAGUCCCAACACAAACUGGACAGGGUGUUGGUGCGGGUCCAAGACCUGACUCCGGCGAAAGCGGACCAGCUGAUCUGGCUGCGCGCCCGAGUCCACACCAGCAGAGCCAAAGGGAAGCAGUGCUUCUUGGUCCUGCGUCAGCAGCAGUUCAACCUGCAGGCCCUGGUCGCAGUGGGAGAUCGUGCCAGCAAGCAGAUGGUCAAGUUCGCCGCAAACGGCCCCCAGUCGUGCAGCAUAGCCAGCGUUUCAGAGCGGCCUCGUGGGGCCACGUUCUGCACGGGUUCUUCUUUUCACCAUUUACAUUUGGUGUGUGUGUGUGUGUGUGUGUGUGUGUGUGUGUGUGUGUGUGUGUGUGUGUGUGUGUGUGUGUGUGUGUGUGUGUGUGUGUUUCCCCCCCACAAGACGACCACCAGCCAGGCCAUCUUCCGCCUGCAGUCGGGAGUGUGCCAGCUCUUCAGAGACACUCUCACAGAGAAGGGCUUUGUGGAGAUCCAGACCCCUAAAAUCAUAUCAGCUGCCAGUGAGGGCGGAGCCAACGUCUUCACCGUGUCCUACUUUAAAACCAGCGCCUUCCUGGCCCAGUCCCCCCAGCUCUACAAGCAGAUGUGCAUCUGCGGGGACUUUGACAAGGUCUUCUGUGUGGGGCCGGUUUUCAGGGCGGAGGACUCCAACACGCACCGCCACUUGACCGAGUUUGUGGGUCUGGAUAUUGAGAUGUCCUUCAACUACCAUUACCACGAGGUGAUUGACUCCAUCACUGACACCAUGGUGCAGAUCUUCAAAGGCCUGAGAGACAACUUCCAGACGGAGAUCCAGACGGUAAACAAGCAGUUCCCCAGUGAGCCCUUCAAAUUCCUGGAGCCCACGCUGAGGCUGGAGUACACCGAGGCCGUGGCCAUGCUGCACGAGGCCGGGGUGGAGAUGGGUGACGAGGAGGACCUGAGUACGCCCAAUGAAAAGCUGCUUGGACGUCUGGUCAAGGAAAAGUAUGACACUGACUUCUAUGUGCUGGACAAGUACCCACUGGCUGUGCGACCCUUCUACACGAUGCCGGAUCCAAACAACCCCAAAUACUCCAACUCGUACGACAUGUUCAUGCGGGGCGAGGAGAUCCUGUCUGGAGCUCAGAGGGUCCACGACGCCCAGUUGCUGACGGACCGGGCCAAACAUCACCAGAUCGAUCUGGAGAAGAUCAAGGCUUACAUCGACUCCUUCCGGUAUGGAGCUCCCCCACAUGGUGGUGGAGGCAUCGGCCUGGAGAGGGUGUGCAUGCUGUACCUGGGUCUCCACAACAUCCGUCAAACCUCCAUGUUCCCACGUGACCCUAAGCGCCUGACGCCUUGAACCCUGAACAACGACGGAGCAGAGGCCGGUGAUGGAAACCGUUGUAAUCCACAGUUCAGAAGGGGGGGGGGGACAGAGGAGCCACAAAGAUGAGAGAAGGAGGCGUCGGUGGGUAGUACGUUUAUUGUCUAGCAACAGCAAAUGACACAAAGUGGAAGAGCAUUAGUGAAGUUCAUGUCAAGCUGCUCACACUUAAACACCAGUGUUUGUCUACGUUACACGUUGUUUCCAUGGAGAUCUUUAAAGAAACCUUCCUCAUCAGAUCUGAGUCCUUCUACCAGAACAGACUAAGUACUAAUGAUCCCCGUCUCCAGCACUGUGCCUGCAACUAAAGGUGGUUUGUACAUCUGUAGAGGAUUAAAUGCAAAUAAUUAAAACCUCUGAAACUA